AUGGAGAAAAAGCAGAAGAAGUUUCUUACUGUUGCACCCUUCGAGUGUGCUUGGCGGGACGAUUUGAGGUUUAGGGAAGCCGGAAGGGGUUGUGUAGCGUUUGAUGCUUUUGCGCACAACGAUGUCACAAUUGUCUUUAGGGAGCAGGCAGGGAGUCAGCAUUACCAUUACAAAAGGGAUAAUAGUCCACACUACACUGUGAUUAUUGGUAGUCAUAGAAAUAAACGAUUACAUAUCGAGGUUGAUGGGAAAACUGUAGUCGAUGUGGCCGGAGUUGAUCUCUACUGUUCGUCGACGUUUCAGAGCUAUUGGAUUAGCAUAUUUGAUGGGUUGAUUAGCAUUGGAAAGGGGAGAUAUCCUUUUCAGAAUCUUGUUUUUCAGUGGCUUGAUUCGAAUCCGAAUUGUAGUGUUCAGUAUGUUGGACUUAGCAGUUGGGAUAGACAUGUCGGGUAUCGGAAUGUUAAUGUUCUUCCACUCACACAAAACCAUAUAUCUUUGUGGAAGCAUGUAGAUUGUGGCGAAUACGAGGGGGUGGAUGAUGAAUUGGAAGAAAAUCUUGGACAUUAUGAAAAUUGGGGGCUUGAAAAUUUUCUCGAGAAUUGGGAACUCUCCGAUGUGUUUUUCAUUGUUGGAAAAGAGGAAAAGGCUGUCCCGGCACAUAAGGUCAUACUGGCGGCAUCCGGGUUUCACGAUUUUAGUUCUUCACAUGAAGAUGUCUUCCAUCUCCAAGAUGUUAGCUAUGCCGUGCUCCACGCACUCCUUGAAUACAUAUACACAGGCCGCACUAUGAUUCCAGAGUCACAUCUCAGUUCUCUAAAAGCCCUGAGCUUGCGGUUUGAAGUGAUGACUUUGGUCAAGAAAUGUGAAGAAAUGAUAGAGCGCUUUAAACUCAAUAAGAAACUCUUUAACUCUGGUAAAAACGUAGAGAUAUCAUAUCAAAGCUCUCGGCUCCCGUGCAUCACUGUUUUCCCAUACAGAUUACCCAUUGACGUAAAGAGGCUUAAUCAUUUUUGCUCGACUGGUGAAUACAGUGAUGUAGACAUUUAUAUUGAAGGUCAUGGUUUUGUUGCACGGUCACAUAAGAUCAUCCUUGGUUUAUGGAGUUACCCUUUUACAAAGAUGUUCACAAAUGGAAUGAGUGAGAGUGCUUCCUCGAAGGUUUGCUUUAAAGAUGUCUGCUUUGAAGCAUUCUCAAUUAUGCUGGACUUCAUGUAUGGUGGAGAAGUUUACAAAGAAGACUCAGUUCUCGUAGAUACCUUGCUACUUCAGCUUCUUUUCUUAGCGGAUCAGUUUGGGGUUACUCUUCUUCAUCAAGAGUGUUGCAAAACACUUUUAGAACAUCUAGCAGAGGAUUCAGUGUGCCCAAUUCUGCAAGUUGUUUCAUCUGUUCCUUCGUGUAAACUCAUUGAAGAAACCUGUGAAAGGAAUUUUUCUAUGCAUUUUGAUUACUGCACAACUGCGAGCUUUGAUUUUGUCAUGCUAGAGGAAGCAACCUUUGGCAACAUUCUCCAGCAUCCAGAUUUGACCGUAACCUGUGAAGAACGGGUUCUUAAUGCAAUCUUACUUUAUUGCUCCCAAUCAAAGGAGUUAAAUGCAUGGGACAGAGUAGAUGAGAAGCUGCUGAAUUCAACACCCGAGCUUAUUUUUGGUGAAAGGCUCAAGUCUCUCGACUUAUUUUUAAGUUUUGUACGCUUCUCCUUACUUCCUCAUGAAGUGCUUAAAAAGCUGGAGAGGAGCAACCUUAGCAGACAUAUUACUACUUUCCUUCAGAUGGUGAAAGAGGCCAUUUCUUUUCUGGAAUUUGGAUUUACUGGUCCUGACAAAGAUCUAAAUGUCAGAUUUCAACAUAGGAGAUCGAGUUUUCGGGAGCUCCAGUUCAUAUGUGAUGGAGACAGCAAUGGACUGUUGUAUUUUGCGGGGACAUCAUAUGGGGAACACCGAUGGGUAAAUCCGGUUUUGUCUAAGAGAGUAAGCAUUACUGCAAGUAGUCCCGUUUCAAGAUACACCGACCCUAAGGUUUUGGUUUCGAGGACUUACCAGGGCACAUCCUUUGCCGGGCCUCGAGUCGAGGAUGGGAGAAACACUGCAUGGUGGAUGGUUGAUAUAGGCCACGAUCAUCAGCUCAUGUGCAAUUAUUACACGCUGAGGCAGGACGGAUCUAGAACUUUUGUAAGGUGUUGGAAUUUUCAGGGUUCAUUGGAUGGCAAGAAUUGGUCGAACUUGAGAGUACAUGAGAAUGAUGAAACGAUAUGCAAACCUGGUCAAUUUGCAUCAUGGCCGAUUAUUGGUCCCAACGCUUUGCUUCCGUUCAGAUUCUUUAGAGUAGUCUUAACGGAACCUACCACUGAUGUUGCCAACCCGUGGAGCUUUUGCAUUUGCUUCUUUGAGCUCUACGGUUACUUUCGUUAA